AUGACUCCCAGGCCGCUCAACGUCCUCGUCUACUCCGGCACAGGCACCACUUCUGAAUCGGUCCGGCAGUGCAUGCACUCACUGCAGCGCCUUCUUUUGCCCAACUAUGCCGUCAUCCCCGUCUCAGAGACGGUCAUUCUCAACGAACCAUGGGCGCCCUCUUGCGCACUUCUCGUGAUUCCCGGCGGCGCAGAUCUGGGCUACUGCAGGGUGCUCAAUGGUCAAGGAAACCGCCGCAUCGGCGAGUUCGUCCGCCGCGGCGGUGCCUAUCUGGGCCUCUGCGCCGGCGGGUACUACGGGAGCAGCAGAUGCGAGUUUGAGGUGGGCAACAAGCCGCUGGAACUUGUUGGAAGCAGGGAAUUGGGUUUCUACCCCGGCACCUGUCGGGGAGGCGCGUUCAGGGGAUUCGAGUAUCACAGCGAGAGGGGUGCGCGCGCUGCCGUCCUGACGGUCGCCACGGGCGCGUUCAAGCGCCCUCUGCCCGAGACAUUCGCCUCUUACUACAACGGGGGCGGCGUGUUUGUCGACGUGGGCGAAGCCGAGGGCCGCAGCGUGGAAGUUCUAGCUUCCUACGUCCAAGACUUGGAUGUGGAUGGCGGCCGUGGCAACGCUGCCGUGGUGCUGUGUCACGUUGGAGACGGCAAGGCUCUGCUGUCCGGACCGCAUCCCGAAUUUGCUCCUGCGAAUCUCUCCCCGCAACCUACCAUCCCGGGGUACGACGACCUCAUCGACAAGCUCCAAGAAGAUGACGACAAAAGACUCAGCUUUCUAAAAGCCUGUCUCGAGAAACUUGGGCUCGAGCUGAGUGCCGAGAACGCACAAGCGCCCGCUCUCUCCACCAUCCACCUAUCUGCCAUGGACAACUCCCGAGUCUCGGAGCUGCUAUGUGCCUGGGCCGAAGUCAUUGAGAAAGAGGACGGGCAAGAGUUCAUAACAGGCGAAACGGACAGGUUUUGUAUCCAGACCGACCACGACCGACUCACUCUAGAGGACCUGCGGCAAUCCCUCGAUGCGGCCGACGAGCAUCCUCCACGCGAGUCCGGGAUUGUUGAUUACACCACCUUGACAAAGCGCGUCAUUGCUCACGAAGAAGCGCUGCCAACAACGGACAUGACUCCUCGCUUCAGCCACGAGCUUUACUACUCGAGUCUUCGGACAUUUCGUAUGACGGAGCCCGGCGCAGAGGAUUGGGGCAGCGUGUUGAUGAACCCCAAGUUGAUAUCCAAGCUCCCCACGGGAUUCACAUUCUCCGCAGCAACACAAGUCGCCGCUCGUGGUCGGGGAACCAACGUCUGGGUCGCGCCCCCCGGAGGCCUCAUGUUCUCGACAAUCAUAAAUCACCCUGUCCACCUGGCCGCUUCCCGACCGGUAGUAUUCAUCCAGUACAUAGCCGCUGUUGCCGUCGUGGAGGCUAUCCAGUCCUACGGCGCUGGCUACGAGAAUCUCCCCAUCAAGCUCAAAUGGCCCAACGACAUCUACGCCCUCGACCCCACAAAGCCAGCGUCGUCAAAAAGCUACGUCAAAAUCGGCGGCAUUCUCUCCCAAUGCGGCUACUGCGAUGGCUCGUACCAGGUCGUUCUCGGUGUCGGCAUCAACGCCCUCAACCCUCGUCCCACCGCAUCCGUCUCCGAUCUCUUGCCCGCCAAUGCGCGUCCUCUCCGUCUGGAAUCCUUGCUGGCGAGAAUACUCACUCGUCUCGAGUCCAUCCACGCACAGUUCCGCCGGCAAGGCUUUUCUCAAGCUCUGGAGCGAAGGUACUACCGGCACUGGCUGCACACGGGACAGGCUAUUUCCUUGGAGGCAGAGGGCGGUGUGAAGGCCCGAGUGCUGGGCAUCACGACGGACUGGGGCAUGUUGAAGGUGGAGGAGACGGAUGCGGAGGGACGCGGGACGGGCAAGAUAUGGACAUUGCAGAGCGAUGAGAAUAGCUUUGAUUUCUGGAAGGGCCUGGUAAGGAGGAAGCUGUAG